AUGAGCUCGGGUAAACGAAACCUGGAAACAAUAACAAUCGGCGACUCGGACGAUGAAAUCGAGACGGGUCCAGCCGCAAAGAAGCCGGCUAAUACAUCCAGAACGAGCUCAAGCUCUUCGUCGAUUGUUAAUCAAAAAAGUACAUGGGCUGAUAUAUUCAGUAAAGUAUGCGAUAUGCAGCAGAUUAAAGCCAAACACGUCUUAAUUCAGAAGAAAACAGAAGCAUCCGCGGCAUCUCUGAAAAAGAAAGAAGCGAAAGACAAAGAGAAAGAGUCGGAACAGCAGAAGCUGAAAGAAGCAUUCCAAGAGAAAAAACGAAAAGAAGCUGAGCAAGAGGCUUCGGCGAAAAAGGCGAAAGAAGAAACACCUGAAUCGCAGGACACCCAGGAUCCCUUUGAAUUCGUCGGUUCGUUCUUUCGGACACAAAUGUGUAAACUGCUGUUUUUCCAGCUAAUCCUCUGGCUGUGGGAACUGGGCAGCGUCUCAUUCGUGGCCCGGAAAUCAUAGAGCGCCGUGACAAAGUGUUUCUUGAGCUGUUCCGUCACAAAAAAUACCGUAGUCGGCUCCAGAUGCAGGCGGUUAACUGCAUUCUAAAGCGGAAGUGCGAUGUGUACGUCUCUCUGCCGACUGGCGCCGGAAAGUCGCUCUGCUACCAACUGCCGGCCGUCGUGCACGGCGGCAUCACCGUCGUCGUUUCCCCGUUGAUCGCGUUGAUGAAAGAUCAGAUCUCGUCGCUUCGGAAAAAGGGAAUUCCGUGUGAGACUCUCAAUUCUACGUUGACAACACAAGAGAGAACGCGUAUUCUGAAAGAUCUGGAGGGAAAUAAUCCGACGAUUCGAAUGUUAUACAUCACUGCGGAAGGAGCAGCGACCGACCAUUUGAAGAAAUUGUUGGGCCGAUUGAAUGGAAAAGAUCUUCUCCGUUAUAUUGUCGUCGAUGAAGCGCAUUGUGUCUCUCAAUGGGGACAUGACUUCAGGCGAGUCAAUUCAUUCUUUUCUGAUCGAUUGUUUCUCAUUUUCAGACCUGAUUACUUGACCCUCGGCUCGCUGCGUGACGUCUGUCCCGGAGUUCCCUGGAUUGCUCUGACGGCCACUGCCAACGAAAAAGCGCAGGACGACAUUGUGAUGCAGUUGAAAAUGCAGCACGUUGAAAGUUUCAAAGCGGGAACUUACCGAGAUAACCUUUUCUACGACGUCUGCAUGAGAGAUCAUCUCAGCAUGGCCCCAGAAGUCAGUUAUUCUCCGCCUUCUUCCUCGAAUGUUUUUGAAAUGUUUUUCAGAAUCACAUGGCGUCGUUCAUCACAAAAUGCUUGACUAUUAACUCAAAAGAGACGUCGAAAGAUAGCUUGACAAAAGGCGAGAAAGGAGGAAGAUCUCAGAAUAAAAAGGAACUGAGCGGUUCGGCAAUUGUCUACUGCCGAUCUAGAAACGAAUGCGAGCAAAUGGCGAAAAUGCUCGUGAUAGCUGGAAUUCCAGCACUAGCUUAUCAUGCCGGAUUGGGCAAGAAGGACAGAAACGAGGUCCAGGAACGAUGGAUGUCCAAUGAAAUUCCGGUCGUCGCAGCGACAGUCGCUUUCGGAAUGGGUAUUGAUAAACCCGACGUCCGGUGAGCAUAUAAUAGGAAACAAAUUUGAAAAUUGAAUUUCAGAGCCGUCGUGCAUUGGUCAGCUUCUCAGAAUCUUGCAGGAUAUUAUCAAGAAGCGGGACGAGCUGGAAGAGACGGAAAAAGAAGUUAUUGUCGAAUUUAUUACUCGAAGCAGGACAAGAACGCGCUGAACUUCCUUGUCUCCAGUGAAUUAGCCAAAUUGAAAGAAAAAGUUAGAAUUUUUCAUUGGUUCAACAGUUCAACAACAACUAAAUUCUUCAGGCAAAAAAGAAGAACGCGGAGGGUGAAAAAGCAGAAAAACAGAUCAAAUCCAUUCAAAACGGACUGUCCAAAAUGUUCGAAUAUUGCGAAAGUGCCAAGUGAGCUCCGCUGUCUCUUAAUCUUUUAAUCAUUCGUUUUCAGAUGCCGCCACGUGGCCAUCGCCAGUUUUUUCGAUGACGCCGACUGUCGGCCAUGCAAGACAAACUGCGAUUAUUGCAAAGAUCCGACGAAAACGAGCAGGACUCUGGAAUCAUUCAUGGUUUGAUUCAGAUGUCGUCGGCUAAAAAAGUGUUUUCUCAGAACAGUGGACCAUCGACAGGCAGCUUAUUCAACAGAAACGGCAGCGGAGGCGCCGGAGGAUCAGGGUUCGAUUCGGUGUACGGAGGAGGGAAACGAGGGGGAGAGACCGAAGACGAACUGCUGUCGGCUGCGAGCACGUCGAAGGAGGCGAUGGACCGAAUGGAGCAGGAAGAGGCGAAAAGGGUCCGCGGGAUUAUCAGCAACGAAUUUGCGAAGAGAAGACAAGCGACCGCACCGAGACCGACUUCUUCUCGCAGAACGGAACCGUCGACGGAUGUUACUGUGAUCAAACCGGAUCAGAAUGCGAUUAAGAAUGUCAUGUUAGAGGUUGACUGUCUCGUAAAUCACUCACAAAACCGUAUCUUUUCCAGACUCGCGAAAACUGGGUCCGUCAUUUCAUGCGAGCCCUCGAGUCUAAUUGGAUCCUCGGUCCUCCACCCGGAGUGACUUCGAAGACUUGCGCCGAACAGCUGGAGUACGGGAUGUACUCGAUUUCGAAGAACGAAAUGACCUACAAGAACAAAUGCAGUCACAAGGUGCUCAAUUUGUUCCGUGUUCAUAAAAGUUCACAUGUACCUGCCACACUUUCCUAUUCAUGAGUUAUUUUGCAGCUGGGAGAGAUCAAAACAUUGACGAAGAAAAACGAGCCGUUCCAGUAUGCGAGCACGGCCAUCGAACAGAAUGGAUUCGUGAAAGCUGCCGACCUGACAUAA